CUCUCUCUCUCUGUUCCAAGUUUGUGGCUUUUAGAGUUCCCACAAACACCACAGAGAGAGACAGAGAGAGAAGGAAAACCCCACCAUCACAAUCAUGCCAUCAGCUUCUAAGAGAAGAAGGGCUGCUGCCAAGAAAAAGAAGGCACAGGAUAACGCCAUUAUCAACUCUCCACCUCUAGGGAAUGGUGAAUUGAAAUCCGAAGAUAUUCAAAAUGGAGAUUCACCUACACAUCAUGAAAAUGCUCGACAACCUGCCUCCGAUGCUGAGUCCAUGAAACAAGAAUCUAGCAAUGUUAACAAUGAUCAAGUCAAAGAAGGAAAUGAGGAGGAGGAGGCUUGUGCUAUUGUGAUAGAGAGCGAUUCGCAAUCCAAUGAGAGUUCUGAGGCUGAAAAUAUAAGUUUGGAGGAACCUAAGACAAAUGAAUAUGAUAAUGAAGAACAUUCUGAUGAUUCCAAGAAUCCAGCAUGCUCUGAAAAUCAGCCACUUGUAGCAUCUAUACAGAUGAUUCAAAAGACCUCCUGGUGGAGUUGCUGUGGAUUGUUUGAGGUUCUGCGAGCCUCGGAUCGAUGAGUUCAUGAGGAUCUCAACAGAUGGAUCUAACAUAUGAAGAAUUCAAAGGACUUCGUCCAAAAAUUUUGUGAUAUUCCUUUCUAAAUUGUAUUCUAUAAUAUUGAGCAUUGAGGCCU